AUGGAAGAACUAAGCAUAAGUAAACAUACAAUAGUUGAUUGGGCUAAUUUUUGUCGUGAGGUUACUUUUGAUCACAUGAUUUUAAAAAAAACUAAAAUCGGAGGUGAGUCCGUUGAAGUUGAAAUUGACGAAAGUAAAUUUGGCAAGCGCAAAUACCACAGAGGUCAUCAUGUGGAAGGCCAGUGGAUAUUUGGUGGUAUUGAACGGGGUACUAAUCGAUGUUUUUUAGUUCCCGUUGAAAAAAGGGAUAAGGAAACGUUACUUCAAAUUAUUAAAGAUUGGAUUCUACCAAAUACUACGAUAAUUUCUGAUUGCUGGAAAGCAUAUGAUUGUUUGAAUGAUGAAGGUUAUAAGCACUUUAAAGUUAACCACAGCAUUAACUUUAAAGAUCCAGAUACCAAUCAGCACACAAACACGAUCGAAGGACUAUGGCGACAUGCGAAAUAUUCACUUCCCCAAUAUCAUAAAAAAAAAACCUUUAUAGCCGGAUAUCUUUCUAAGUUCAUGUUUUUAAAACAAUGUAAGGCUUUAAAUGUCGAUCCAUUCACCGAGUUUUUAAGAAUUGCAGGUAGUCUUUACAAUCCAAUUACGGCCGCAUACGUUGAUAAUGACGAUAAUGAGGGUAAUGAUGAUAAUGAGGGUGAUGACGAUAAAUGA